GAAAAAUAAAACCCUCAUCCUCACUGUACAGAUUUGACUGCCAAUUCAGUUAUUUCUCUUUUUCUGAAACGUACAAUAGUUGAGAGCAAACUUUAAUUCCUUUCAAUUGCGGAGAAAACAGGACACGCUAGUUUCAUUUUUCCCAGUCACAGCUGCUGAAUCACUCGCAUGUGUUUGUCGUGGAGUUGUUACUUUGAUUUUCAUUUUCCAGCUUAUUCGCUUGGUACUCUCUUAGAUAUCGUUAUGGUGGAUGAUACAACGGCUCCAAGUUAUUGGUUGAACUGGAGAUUCUUGCUCUGUGCACUAUGGAUUCUGUUAGCCAUGUUGUUUUCUGCAUUCCUCAUAUGGAGACACGAAGGGCAUAGGGAAUCCGGUGGGGAUCAGCAGGAAGCAGCAGGGGACUUGUACUGGGAUGAAGUUUGGGGGACUUGCUGGAAAUCAAUCCAUCCUAUUUGGUUGCUUGCUUAUAGACUACUUGCUUUCUCUCUGCUAUUUGCUGUGCUUCUAGCUGAUCUAAUCAUCAGUGGUGUUGGCAAAUAUUAUUUUUAUACUGAGUGGACGUUUACUUUGGUGACUAUUUAUUUUGGGCUUGGUUCUUCACUAUCAGUUCAGGGCUCUCUGCGUUGCCGCCAUGAAGUUGAUCCAGAUAGGAUUAGGAAUAGUUAUAUAUCGGCCAAUGCAGAGCGUGGCUCUUAUGUACCACCCCAACUUGUGGAGCAGGGAGAUAUACCCAACCAAACUAGAAGCUCAAAUUGUUGUGGUGAACCUGAUUGCAGAACUGCGGCAUCCAUAUGGGGCUAUAUCAUGCAAGUAGUAUUUCAGAUGUCUGCUGGGGCUGUGAUGCUCACUGAUUCUGUCUUUUGGUUGGUACUCUAUCCAUCUCUCAUUGCCAGAGGUUACAGAUUAAGUUUUCUAAUUGUCUCCAAGCAUUCUGUCAACGCCAUCCUUCUCCUUGGUGAUGCAAUUUUGAAUCGCCUGAGAUUUCCCUUCUUCCGUAUGGCAUAUUUUGUUUUAUGGACGUGUAUCUUUGUCAUUUUCCAGUGGAUCAUACAUGCCUGUGUAUCAAUUUGGUGGCCCUAUCCUUUCAUGGACUUGUCGUCUCCAUAUGCUCCUCUGUGGUAUUUAGGCAUUGGCCUUCUGGCCCUUCUCUGUUAUGGAAUAUGUUUUUUCAUAUUCAGAGCAAAACGGAGUUAUUCAUCAAGAUAAAAUACUCAGAUGCCAUCGGAGUGCUUGAGAGCUUAAGCGAUGUGGCUGCAUAUAGGUCCUCCGCAUUUGUCCACAUUUCGCAUAACAUUGUUGAGUGAUAUGAGAUAUGUGUAACUUUUACCAACUUAUAUAAGCUCUAUUUUCAUCUACAGUUUUGUAAAUAGAGCCUGAUUAUACCAUAGACUCCCAUUUUAUGGAGUA